ACCCUCGCGCUGCUGGACUAUUACCACAUCCCAUUCAUCCUCCUCACCAACGGCGGCGGCAAGUUCGAGGCCGACCGCGUGGCGGAGCUGAACGAGAAGCUGGGCAGCCACAUGACAACUGAGAAUUUCUGCCAGUCUCACACCCCGUUUCAGGAGCUGUUGCCAGUGUACCGGGACAAGACCAUCUUGGUGACGGGGAGUGACUACGAGAAGUGCAGGGAGAUCAUGGAGGGGUAUGGGUUCAGGAGUGUGGUCACGCCGGGGGACAUCUUCAGGGCGGCGCCCGAGGUGUUUCCUUUUGAUACCGUCCGAGGGAAGGUGGGGAGGGAUUUGCCGAAGCCAAUCUGGAGGCCGAGGAAGGAAGCCGGGGAGCAUCAUCAAGGGUCGAAGGGGAUGGUGAGGGAUACUGAGCAGGAGGAAAGAGAGGGGAAGUUGGAGGAUCAUUUAAAGGUUGAGGCGAUGUUUGUGUUGAAUGACCCGAGGGAUUGGGCGUUGGAUGUGCAGGUGUUUAUUGACUUGUUGCAGUCGAAGCAGGGGUAUGUGGGCACGUAUUCGGAGGAGAACAACAAGGGACGGUGGCAGGGGGAUGGCCAGCCGAAGCUGUUUUUUAGCAACUCGGAUCUGAUCUGGGCGGCCAAGUAUCACCUUCCGCGGUUUGGGCAGGGGGCGUUCCAGCAUGCGUUGGUGGGGAUUUGGAACGAGGUUACGGAAGGGAAGAAGGAGCUGGUACGGACGAGCUUUGGGAAGCCGCAUAGGGAGACGUAUGAGUAUGCCGAGGAGAUGCUGGUGAGGCAUCGGGGGGGGUGGUUGAGGGCGAAGGGGUACAAGGAGGGCGAGAUUGAGGGGGGUUUGAAGAGGGUUUACAUGGUGGGGGAUAAUCCUGAGAGUGAUAUUGCUGGGGCGAACGACUAUGAUGGGAAGGGGAAGUAUGGGACGGAGUGGGUGAGCUUGUUGGUGGAGACGGGGGUGUUUGAUGCGACGAGGAUGAACUUUAAGGAUGGGGAUGUGAGGAAGGCGGAUGUGGUGAAGCCAAACGUUGCGGAGGCGGUGAAGUGGGCGUUGAGGAAUGAGGGGUGGGUUGAUGAGUAG